GAUGCCAAGUGUCGUGAAGUAUCGUUCGUUAGACUAGUGUGCGCGAUGUUGUUACGCACAUGCUGCCCCGCUUGAGAAAGGCAGCGACCUAGGAAAUAUAUGCCGGUGCUAUGGCAGUCGCGCGUUCGGCUGUUCGAAAAUCGGCUAUGCUGAUGCAUUUAUGAUUCGGCCGCGGGCCCCGAGGGAGAAACGAUGGCAACGGAGGUAGAGGAGACUCCAGUUAGGUCUCCUUGGUACGGCAAGGUCUUCGAAUGCUGGAGGAAUCGGAAUCGAGUCAGUCCUGGCAGGAUCGAGCUGCCCGAAUGCGAUUUUUUUAUCGUGGCACCGCGACGCACGUUGCGCGUUCUCAGGCCGACCCUGAGAAGCGGCUGGUACUACGAGAGUACGGCAGUCGACCGGCCGGAGUCGGUCAACGACAAUUUCUUCAAUCGGUGGACCAGGAGGCCGCAUUCGUCCGGAAACUGCAGAUGCUCCUUCCGCCAGUCCGCCGGCGCGCUGAGCACCAACGAAGAGCGAAUAAUAUCCGCGGAAUUGAAUCGCAUUCGAACGAGCCUUUGCGAGGCCGAGAAAACCGCGCGCGGCAUCGAGGAACUGGAGCAAAGGCUCUCCGCGGAUCUGCAGAAGUUACGAGACAACUCGGAACUCGAUCGCGCCAACGAUUCGACGGUACCUUCGACACUAACGACUGAUCGCCAGCCGUUCGAACAGAACGCGAAGCAACAAAUUGUCAAGGACUUGGAGAGGUACAUCAAUACGCUUCUGGAAGAGGUGCUUGACGAUACUGUUAAGCAUAUAACCGGUGUAGAAAGGAAUAGCGUUCAGCAUUCUUGGCAGCGAACAAAAAAUAAUUUGAUGAAAUCGCAGCCCGAUAAAUCCAAAGAGAAAGUUUCGAUAAAGGACAACGACGGUUCCUUUCGAGCCGAUAUCAAUCCUCGUCUCCUAGCGGAUAAGACGCAAUGGGCUCCGGAAAACGAGUGCAAAAAGCAACUCGCCGGAGUUACGGUGGGCGAGGGUUACGUGAAUCCCGCUUUCGUCGGUUCGACGGACGAACUGGCCUCUCUGACUUUCGAUUGUUCUACACGAAAACACACAGGCUUGUACCUUGGAAUACCGACGGAAAAUAUGUCUUCCGAAAAACUGGAUUGCGUGGAUUCCGGGAUAAAUAGCGUAGAGACUAUCGAGUUUCAGCUGCCUGAUCAAGAACCCAGCUUUGAGCAGUCUUUAUUACAAAUUAUCGAUGAGAAGUUGGGAAGAGGCCCUGCGGCGAAUAAUGUGGAGGAUAGUCCCGAGAAAAAUUUGGAAAAAACAAUUCCAAUAGAGAGAGAACGUCGGACUGACUCCCAAGAUAUUGUGCUAACUUCGUCGAAACUUGGGACAUCGUCGACUGAUCCCGACUGGAAAGUGGAGCGACUGGAGGAUACGGAAAAUACGGAGACUGAUUUCGAGAAACUACGCCUGGAAUUCCGAAGCAGCAGCAGACACAUGGACGACGAAACGCCGUCAAAAGUCGGCGUGAAAUUAACGGAAAGUCCUUCCAUCGAGCUCGAGGAGAUUUACAAGAAAUGGUUCGAUGAAAUCUCCUCGCAGGAAAACACUGAACGGAGCCCCCGCGAUUCGGUGACGCUUCGAAGGAACAGGAAACCAACCAUAGUUUUCUUACACGGCUUUGGUUCCUCGGCAGAAAUCUUUGAGCAUCAGCUGCAAUACUUCUCUUCCCUCGGUUACCCCUGCAUCGCUCCCGACAUGCUCGGGCACGGCAUGAGCUCAGCGCCCGGACGUUCUAGAGAUUAUCAAUUCGGCAAGUUACUCAAGGAUCUGGACGCUGUCCUACAGCAUUACGCUUUUAAACCUGGAGAGAAGUGCGUCUUAGUCGCUCAUAAUUACGGGUGCAGCUUUGCCACAGCGUUAGCUUGUAAAUAUGAUAGCAAUAUCCAUCAGCUCGUGCUGAUAUCGGGCGGCGGCCCGACUCCUCUCUCUCCGCCGAGCACGGAAUGCGCGGGUCAUUGUUGUCUCAGGGCGAUUCUCGCGCCCCUGCUAAUGUGCGGUCUUCAUCGAGAUAUUCUCUAUUCUGCGCGGGGCCGACAGCAUCCUUAUUGCGGUCAAGAAUCGAUAGAGCAGUGGCCCUCGCACAUGAAAUACGUAUUGAACGGCAUGAACUGGCCGGAGGGUGACUAUGCCUUCCACAGGAAGAUAUGCACGCCAACGCUUCUGGUGCAUGGACUAAGAGACAACAAUGUGUCGCUGGUACAAGAGUGUCAAAUGGAAAGGACAAUGGUGAAGGCUUUCCUCGAAGCUAUUCCAAUGGCUGGUCACAGUCCAAUGACUGAAUGCCCCCAACAACUGAAUCAUAUGAUACAUUGCUUUAUAGAUUUGUGGAAGAACAAAAAAUGGCAACAGUGACCUCCUGACUCCAGAAAUAAUGUCUAAAACGCUGUAUUAUAUCGAAAUUUUGUAUUUCGAUUCAUGCAAUUAACAAACUGCUUAUCAAUUAGCUUAAUUAUCAGUCAGCUAUAAUAUUUAACGUUUAAGUAUCAGUCAGAUAUAAUAUUUAACUAAAAAGAUAAGAUACUUUGUAUAGAUAAUUCAAGAAGACUCAAUUCGAUCGGACGGAAGAUAAAUCGAUGAAGUUUGUGUGGCCUCGUGAAAUGUGCCAAAUUUUAUACAGAUAUAUACGGAAAAAAUGUACAGGUAAAAUAAAUAUAAAAAUGUCCCAUUUGUCUAGAUCACUUGAAAGAACUUUUAUACAUUUCAAAAUUUUGUCGUUUUAAUACUCGAUACAUACUGUAUCGAAAUAUCUGAUUCCGUUUUAAAUCUAAGGUUUUACAUGCUUGAGAGAAUUCUUAUCAAUAUAAGUAUUCUCUCAUCAAUAUAAGUAGACUAAAGCUAAAGCUGAAAGCAUAAAAUAUACGAAAUAUUAUGCCUUUCCACUUUAAAUAGAUGAUUUGUAUUCAAAAUUUUAUUUUGCUCCUUCGUACCAGACAAAAAAAAGUUGCUCAAAGUGAUCUAGCAAAUACUGAACAGAGGCUAUGGAACAGCA